AACAAUAUCAACAUUACGCUGCGCUUCGUCGCCCCUCCCUCCCUCCCACAGAUUCUCCACCCUGAAGGAAAAGAAGAGACCCAAUCAGAUCCAAACAAUCAAUGCCAUCUCCAAAUUAGGGUUCUCUCCCAAAUCCCUAAUUCUCCAGCUCCCAUCAUUCUCAUUUCGAUUUUCGAUCAUCGAAGAAGGUCUGUACUCUCCUCUCCCGCCUGCCGAAUUUAACCUCAGAGCGUAUCAUCUCAUCACUUGAUCGCUCGUGGUUGAGUCAGGGGGCUUGAGGAGCUCAGUAAUUUCUCCAUCUCUUCGUUGUAGAUCGUGAUUUGGGAUUUUUAGGGUUUUCGAUCUCUGGUGGAUUAGCUUCAUUCGGAUUGGGACUCAGUGUUAUGUCUAAGCCUUAAAGUCGGAAGCUUUCAAGAGUUUCUUUUUGCUGAAGAAUCGAUUGAGAAGUUUGUAGGAGUUGGUAUCUGUAGCUUGUAAACUAUAUAAAGACGUGGAGAGGGGAUGUUUAGUUCUACAUUGGCUAACAACCGUGGGAACAGCGCUGCCUCAGCGCAGCUUGUUACUCCCACCCGCUUCGUGUGGCCUUAUGGAGGUAGAAGGGUCUUCCUCAGCGGAUCUUUCACCAGGUGGACUGAACAUGUGCCAAUGUCACCACUUGAGGGAUGCCCUAGUGUUUUUCAAGUCAUUUGCAACUUGACUCCUGGAUAUCAUCAGUAUAAGUUUUAUGUUGAUGGGGAAUGGAGGCACGAUGAGCACCAACCAUUUGUAAACGGAAACGGCGGAGUAAUGAAUACGAUACUUAUCACUCUACCAGAUAUGGUUCCCACUGGUUUUAGCCCAUCGAACAUGGAUGUGGAUGAUUUCUCUCAGCAAAUGGCUGAUCCAUCCCAGGAUUCUAUCCCUAGGAUGUCAGCGGUUGAUUUGGAGAUGUCUCGUCACCGUAUAUCUGUUUUAUUGUCAACCCGUACUGCAUAUGAGCUGCUCCCAGAGUCGGGCAAGGUUAUUGCAUUGGAUGUAAAUUUACCAGUAAAGCAAGCAUUCCACAUACUCUAUGAGCAGGGAAUCCCUUUGGCUCCUCUUUGGGACUUUGGUAAAGGCCAAUUUGUGGGAGUUCUUGGUCCACUUGACUUCAUUCUAAUACUUAAAGAGCUUGGAACGCAUGGAUCGAACUUGACAGAAGAAGAGCUUGAGACGCACACAAUAGCAGCGUGGAAAGAGGGGAAGGCUCAUAUUAGCAGACAAUAUGAUGGAACUGGGAGACCAUAUCCUAGGCCACUUGUUCAGGUUGGGCCCUAUGAUAACCUGAAAGACGUUGCCAUGAAAAUUUUGCAAAACAAGGUGGCAGCCGUUCCAGUUAUUUACUCUUCUUUGCAGGAUGAGUCAUAUCCGCAGCUACUGCAUCUAGCUUCGCUAUCAGGCAUAUUAAAAUGUAUAUGCAGAUACUUUAGACAUUCGUCUAGCUCUUUGCCAAUCCUUCAGCAGCCCAUUUGUUCGAUUCCCCUGGGUACUUGGGUCCCCAGAAUCGGAGAAUCAAGUAGCAAACCUCUCGCUACACUGAGACCACACGCCUCUUUGGGUUCUGCGCUCUCAUUAUUAGUUCAAGCUGAGGUUAGUGCAAUUCCAGUAGUGGAUGACAAUGACUCGCUUAUUGACAUAUACUCCCGAAGUGACAUAACUGCUCUGGCUAAAGAUAAGGCAUACGCACAGAUUCAUCUUGAUGACAUGACGGUUCACCAGGCGCUUCAGUUGGGGCAAGAUGCAAGUCCGCCUUAUGGAAUGUUCAACGGGCAGCGAUGUCAGAUGUGCUUGCGCUCAGACUCUCUUGGGAAAGUGAUAGAGCGGUUGGCGAAUCCAGGUGUAAGGAGGCUGGUGAUAGUGGAAGCAGGGAGCAAACGUGUUGAAGGUAUCAUAUCUUUGAGCGAUGUUUUCAAGUUCCUAAUCGGUCUUUGACUACUACUUCCGACAACAACCUCUUCAAAACUCUUUUUCUCGUUUCCACAAAUCGAAAUACCCAACAAUUUGCUUCUUUCUUUUUUUUUUGUGUUUUUUUGGGGGGGGUCUUUGCAAGGAAUUUGUAAAUUUGCCACGAACACCUUCAUUGUUUUCUUCUUAUUUAUUUUUGUUUUGUUUAAGUUGAACGUGUUUCCUUUCAUUCUUGUGAAGAUAUUGGCUACCAAAAGCUUUACUAGCAUUUUCUCAGUUU